CCGGAAGUGUUGCCUCCGUCCAAAGAGGAGAAGGACGUUGCAAGGAGAAGACAUGGAAGUCAGAGACCGUAAAAGGACCCUCAAGAUUCCUUCUAGGUUGCCUGCUCUUCAGGAUGGAAUCCACUCUCUGGACAUCCCACUAAAUCAGAAUCUUGUGACCAUUAAGAAAGAACCCGAAUCUUCCACAGGAGAAGAAUGGAUCCCAACAGAUCCAAAAGAGAGUAUGCCGCUUAUGGAAGACAAGAGUGUUCAGACUCUGUUGAACAUUAAGAAGGAGCCCGAGUCGUCCGUAGAGGUGGAAUGGAUCCCACCAGAUCCAAGAAAGAGCUUUCAGAAUCUGGUGGCCAUUAAGAAAGAGACCGAGGAGAAAUGGAGUGUGCCAUAUCCAAGAGACAAAACGAAGUGCGUGAAAGUGGAGAGUUUUGAGGAUCCGGUGACCAUCAAAAGAAAGCUCAGGUCUUCCACAGAAAAGCGAUGUACCCCACCAGGUCCAAGGAAGAGUCGAUUGCACAUGAAAGUUGAGAGUUGUGAGGAUCCUGUGACCCUUAAGAGAGAAGCUGAGCCUUCUGCAGAGGAGGAAUGGACCUCGACGGAUCCCGGAGAGAGCACUCUGCUCAUGGAAGUCGUGGAGGAGAGUUUUGAGGACGUUGUCUCUCCAACUCAAGAUGAUUCCAAGGAGAAGAGCAAAACAGAUGAAAACGAGAAGGAGGCGGUUGAAGAAAACCAGGAUUGGGACUACGAUACAGUUUACAUUUCUUCCGAAGGGACUUACCUCCCCAAAACCCCGUUACCCGAAGCGAAUCCCAACGGAAGCGAGAGAAGCCCGCCAAAGCUUUCUGAGUUUGAACGGAGCUUCCUCCAGCAUCUCUGCCACACGAAAGCGGAGAAAGGCCCCGCGGGAGAGAACGCGCACAAGUGUGCGGACUGCGGGAAGACCUUCAACUUCAGCGCCAACCUGAAGCUGCACAAAAGGUUCCACGUCAAGGAGAAGCCCUUCGAGUGCCUCGACUGCGGGAGGCACUUCACCUACAAGUCGAACCUCGAGUCGCACCAGAUCAUCCACUCGGGAGAGAAGCCCUUCCGCUGCGACGAAUGCGGGCGCUGCUUCAGCUACAGCUGGACCCUCCAGAAGCACCAGAAGUCUCAUGAGGCUAGAAGGGGAUUCGUAGAACCCAAAGGGGUUCCGGCGUGGAUCGGGCCUCGUGAUUCGUACAACCGAGGGAUGAACCCAGCUAUGCGUCCCAACACCAGUAAACCCACCGAAGCAGUAGAGUUCCCACAGCUGUCAACUCUUCGGUGGAGCCAACAGGGCUACUCAGUUGGGAAUAAAUAAGCCAGUAGGAUUCGACCCAAGGGAGUUAAUAGGGUGACACUCUUCUCGUUCCUCAAAGUUGGUGGUUGGGGAGUUGUAGUUUACCAGCAUUCCAAGAUGCCGUGCAAUGUCAACCCCUGGCUUUAAGGGUAUGGACAACUUUGACUUAUAAGAUAAGCCUUAAUAUUGGAAGGUCUAGAUCAGUGUUUCCCAAUCUGGGGGUCGGGACCCCUCGUGGGGUCACAAAGGGGGUGUCAGAGGGGUCGCCCAAGACCAUCAGAAAACACAGUGUUUUCUGUUGGUCUUGGGGGUUCUCUGUGGGAAGUUUGGCCUAAUUCUAUUCUUGGUGGGGUUCAGAAUGCUCUUUGAUUGUAGGUGAACUAUAAAUCCCAGCUACUACAACUCCCAAAUGUUGAGGUCUAUUUUCCCCAAAUUCCACCAGUGUUCACAUCUGGGCAUAAUGGGUAUUUGUGGCAAGUUUGGUCCAGAUCCAUCAUUGUUUGAGUCCACAGAGUGCUCUCUGGAUAUAAGUGAACUAUAACUUCCAAACUCAAGAUCAGUGCCCACCAAACUCUUCUAGUUGGUCAUGGGAGUUCUGUGUGCCAAGUUUGGUCCUAGUCUCCAGGGCAGCAGAAAACAAGCUUGCUCCACAGUGCUCUCUGGAUGUUAGUGAACUACAACUCCCAAACUUAAGGACAAUAUCCAUCAAACCCUUCCAGUUGGUUAUGGGAGUUCUGUGUGCCAAGUUUCAUUCAAUUUCCUCGUUGAGGGAGUUCAGAAUGCUCUUUGAUUGUAGGUGAACUAUAAAUCCCAGCUACUACAACUCCCAAAUGUCAAGGUCUAUUUUCCCCAAACUCCAACAGUGUUCACAUCUGGGCAUAUUGAGGAUUGGUGCCAAGUUUGGUCCAGAUCCAUCAUUGUUUGAGUCCACAGUGAUCUCUGGAUGUAGGUGAACUACAACUCCCAAACUUAAGGACAGUAUCCACCAAACCAUUCUAGUCGGUCAUGGGAAUUCUUUGUGCCAAGUUUGGUUCCAUUCCAUCAUUGGUGGAGUUCAGGAUGCUCUUUGAUUGUAGGUGAACUAUAAAUCCCAGCAACUACAACUCCCAAAUGACAAGAUCAAUCCCCAGUAGCAACGAAAAUAAUGUUAUGGUUGGGGGGUCACCACAUGAGGACCUGUAUUAAGGGGUCGCGGCAUUAGGAAGGUUGAGAACCACCACUGGCUUAUAAGAUAAGCCUGAAUCUAUAUCAGAAGGCCUAGAUCCUUUUGGGCAUGGCUGAGAAUUGUGUGGUUGGUGGGCCACAUUUUGUGUGUGUCUCCCCCCUCCCAGAUUAUCCUUCAAUACUCCUUUUCCACCCAUGACUGAAAAUAAGCCAUGAUGUGCCCCCCAUUUUCAAGGCAACACCUUAAUAGACUUUCAAGGACUGGAGUUGGGUCCAUGGUGGCCCACCUAAGGCGGCCAUAAGGAAAGGUCUACAAGUUUGGCUACAGAGAUAUCAUUAAGUUUGUUGACAAGUUUUUGUUUUUUUUAUGCUGCCGUGUUGUAGGUUUUGUUCGGUUGUGUUUGAUUAAAGGAGUCGACUUA